AUGCCGGCAAAAGGCGUUGCGAUUCUUUCGCAGGUAGCCGACACAUGUGCCGAUAUUGCGGAACUCGACAGGUAUGACUCGCUAGUGCAACUUGCAUUUGCCCAUAAUUCUUAUGUGACUCAAUUAGAGUCAAUGGGUUACCGGGUAGGAUACGUGAUGGCAGAACGGGUUUCCAGAGACGCGCCAAAGCUGCUGACUGAGCUGGAGGUAGAGCCGAGUAAUUUUUGUACGUAA